GAACACUAGUUUGAGAGUCAAUUCCCCAUGUAUUUGAUAAAAUGUCUCAGCGAGCUGAUGUUGGUUCUGAAACGCCCUCUUCCAUGCUGAUCCUUGCGUCGCGACUCGGUACACAACUGAUACAAUGUCUCCGAACACUUCCCUUCCGCAAUUUGUUACCAACACGGAUCUCGACCCAUCUUUCGAAAACGACAUUCGAGACGUCCACCUCAUCUACGACUACAACGCGCAGAGCGCCGAUGGAAAGCCCGAAAAAUGGCGAUAUGAGAUGUGGUUCUUCUCGGAGAACCGCAUCGUCUACGCGAUCCACGGAGGCCCCAUGGCAGGUCGAGUGAACUACCAGACGGCGACGUACCAGUGCAUCCGCCCGGGGGAGUUGUGGCAGUGUAACUGGCUCGAGGAGACCGGCACCAUCUGCUCGCUCGUGUACGACAUUACGCGGCAGACCAUCACGACACUGCUUGGGUUCUCCAAGGGCCACUGGGAGAAACCGGAGGACGCGCAUGGCGACAAGAGGAAUCCAGAGGAUUUUGAGCGCUGGAGGGGCCUUGCGAAAUUGGGUACGCAGGUCGACAGGUUCAUGUUGUCGGAGCAGGCCAACAUCAAGGAGAGCUUUAAGGGAGCGGGACAACUCAAGCCGAUUGCGCCCGACGCUGAGACCUUCUGAUAGAGGGCGCCCAGAGGCGGGUUAGACAAUGGCUUUGAUUGUGCUAUCUGAACAUGUGCUUAUGAUCUGAUAUGAUCGGAAGGAGGCAGCAUCCUCCGUAUACGCAGUGCUCAGUGCAUGUUGCCGAGGGGAAGCUGUCUAUAUAAGGGUGCCUGAGAACAAUGGCCUUCCCCACUGACCACCCGCGUGUAUUCUUCGCCCAU